AUGGCCGCGCCGAAACUUGGAUUCUUCGAAAAAAUCGCCAAUCUCACUGGGGCUUUGUACCGUCACCAGCAGGCUCAAUUCCCGCGCCGUUUCGCCAUCCUGAAGGUGAGUUUUUGAGAAUUUUGUUCGUUUUUAAGCCUGACGCUGAGAUUUCAUCAAGAACAAAGAAAAGGUUAUAAAACCAUUGAAUGAAGAUGUUUCCAGGCCGUCGGAAAGCACGAGCUUGCCCCACCACGUCAAGCUGACUGGCCAGCCAUCAAGGCCGACUGGGCCAAAGUCCAGAGCUUCAUCCAUACCGGAGCAUACAAGAACCUCUCCGUUAAAGUGAGUGUUUUAAAGUAUUCAACACGAUUUGGUCAGGAACGCGUUAAAAACAACAAAAUUAUCCAACUUCUUACUACGUGUAGCAAUUUUAAUUAAAAUUGCUUACAGGAAGGACUUGUCUACACUGCUGUCGGGCUCGAGGUUAUCUUCUGGUUCUUCGUUGGAGAAAUGAUCGGCCGUCGCUACGUGUACGGAUAUCUUGUAAGCACAUCGCCCUAAUUAUUCUUCAUUUUUAUGAAUUCCGAUUUUCAGGUUCCAUCUGAUUUUGUUUCGAGCGCCACCAAGAAGACUGUCAAGGAACAAGAGGCUCUGGCCGCUCUCGAGGCUUAA